AUGGAUUACCCGAACGAGUCACUCUUCGUACCCAACGACAACUUCGCACGUUCGGACAAUACACGCGACAUGUCUGCCACAUUAGGCGUCCCGGUAUCCUUGAAGAAGAAGAGCGUGAGGAAGCCAUGUGCAGUUCCAACCAUCAGAGUUAGACCCCUGAGCAGCAGCGGUUCAGGAGGCAAACAAGCGACUGGUAGAAAGCGAGCUCAAGAGGUAGUAAACGCUCCCAACAAACGGCGGCGCAAGAGCCAUGCUCGGUGGUUCAACAGCUCCAUCUUCGAGAAAAAUGACGCCAGGCUUAGUGCACCAACUCCAAUCUCGACCAAUGAACCGGAAACUACUGAGGCCAGAAACGAGGAAGACCAAAAAUGCCAAAAAGACCAGCUGACGCUGGACCGGGCGAUCCAGUACCUGGGCUCCAAAGUGACCAAACACAAGGACCCCAAGAGCGGUGAUGACGGAUACAUUUUUGACGGCAUGACGACUCCGCUUCGCGGUUAUCAACUAGUCGCUGUCGCCAUGAUGCUGUCGCGCAAGCGACGACAGGAAGGCCCUCAUGGUGGCAUUCUGGCCGACACCCCCGGCUUGGGAAAGACAUUGGAGGCAUUUGCUCUCAUACUGGCAAAUCCCCCUGCCAAGAAGGAAGUCCAGAAACAAGAUGGGAAAACUUGCCUUCUCGUGGCACCCAGCCAGCAACAUCAAGAGCAGUUGAGGCAAGAAAUUAAGAAACACACGAAUAGUCGCUACAUGGGUGGCGUUACCCAGUACAACGGGAAGAACACGACCGAUGUUAUCGGCCUGCAGCGUAUGAGUAUCAUGUGCGUUCUACUCACUUUCGAUGCUAUUAACGGAUUAAAAGAAGGGGGGCUUGUUGCCAACGUUUCCUUCCAUCGAAUCAUCCUCGACGAAGGUGACAUCAUCAAGAAUGAGCAUGGUGCUAUAUUGCAAACUUGUGCUGCGCUUGAAGCCAGCUAUAAGUGGGUGAUGGCCGGCUCGCCCUUGAAGAAUCGAGUGAAAGAUGCCCUUGCGUAUUUCAUCUUCAUUGGCAUAGACAUGAAAGAAGACCGGCCGGAGUUCGAGAGUCGCUUUGGCAAGCUCCAAGAGGAUACAGGGCAUCAGCGCAUACUCAAAGUCAUCGAAGAUCAAACAUUUCGACGACGCAAAGACGAUUACUUCAUGGGACAACCAAUCGCUGACCGCCCCAAAUCCUUGUGGGAGAUUCGCCGUGUCAGCAUGAAUGCACAGGAGCGUGCUCUCUACAUGUGGGUAGAUCUUUAUGGUCCAAGGAAGCGUACUGAUCACUGUACAUAUACAUUGAGAAGGCGCUGGGCGUUGAGGCACGGCUUCUUCGCGAUCAACUGA